CAAAAAUAACAGGCGCUUAGUGUUACCAUACUAGGGGUGUGGCGAUUCUCUCCCCUUCUCUCUCUCUCUUUCUCUCCUCUCUCUCUCUGGUGAUAAACUCAAUGGGGUUGUCUAUUUUUAACCUCCUGUUCUCUGCUUCUGGCAGAGCAAUCAGUGGGAGCUGAGCUCUUCCCCUGAAUGAAUCCAAGUAACCCCAGAGGUUGCCUUCUGAAAUGACCAGCAGACGCACAUCUGUCCAGAGGCUCGGAGUGUGAGCGGCAUCGAGAGGACCAUGUCCAGCCCGGGGAGCCCUGGAGUGGAGUUUUCCACCACCACCGUCAGCUCAGUGGCCGUGCAGGCUGGGGACUCUAAAAUCGUUAUCGCCGUCAUAAAGUGUGGCAAAUGGGUACAACUUCAGCUUGCUGAGUCACAGCCCAAUAUUUUAGAAAUUGGUAGCAGUCAAGAUGAAACCAAAAAACUCCUUCAUGAUCAUGAACUUCUUUUGGCCAAGCUCAAGGCUCUGGAAGAUCAGGUGUGGGGACUCCUGCAGGAAGCGGACAAGACAGCUGAAGAGAACAAGGACCAGAGUCAGGUGUAUGACGCCAUGGCCAGCAGCCUGGGUGAAGCAUGGGCAGCCCUGGUCUCCAUGCUUGAAAGAAGAAGGGCGCUCCUCAGGUUGACCUCUGAGUUCUUUGAAAGCGCCUUGGAGUUUGCUAUUAAAAUAGAUCAAGCUGAAGAGUUCCUCCAGAACACUCAGGAGUUUGAGACUGCCGAGUCCUUAAGGUCACUUCUUCAGCUUCAUGAACAUCACACCAAAGAACUCUUAGAACGAUCUCUAGCGCUUUUAAACAAAAGUCAACAACUCACUGACUUCAUCGAAAAAUUCAAGUGUGAUGGGCCUAAUGUAAAUCCUGAGUUGAUUCAGGGAGCUCGGAAUAGCUGCCUCAAGAUCGACAGUCUUCUGGAACUUCUACAAGACAGGAGGCGGCAACUAGACAAGUACCUGAAGCAACAGCGGCAGGAAUUGAGUCAGGUUCUGCAGAUAUGUCAGUGGGACCAACAAGAAAAUCAGGUUACCUGUUGGUUUCAGAAAACCAUAAGAGAUUUACGGGAACAAAGUCUCGGUUCAUCACUUUCAGAAAAUGAGGAGCUAAUCCGUAAGCACGAGGAACUAAAAAUAAAAGCAAAGGAAUGGAAUGCCGCUGUUGAGAAGCUGAAGAGCGAGGCACUUGAGAUUCUGCUGUCCAAGGACCACGUGGAGAAAGCACACCUACAGCUGUCCAACCAGAAGCUGAAUCGGCUUCAAGAGGAAUUUGGUCAGCUCAUGGCAGAGAGGAAAACCUGGUUAAAAGAGGCGAAUGAUUUCUUCAACAGCGCCAACAAGGCGUUUGAUGUACUUGGAAGAGUUGAGGCUUACCUUAAGCUCCUUAAGUCAGAGGGUUUAAGCCUGCCUGUCCUGGCAGCCCGGCACGAGGAAUUACACGGAGAAAUUAAAGGCUGCUCUGCUGAUGCUUUGCAAAAGGGACAAGCCUUAAUCAGCCAAGUGGACUCCUGUAGCUCCCGGGGGAUGACCGGCGUCCAUGAGAUGAUGGGAUGCAUCCAGAGACAAGUGGAUCAUCUGACCGGACAGUGUUCAGCGCACAAGGAGUUUGCUCUCAAGAAACAACAGUUAGCAGCCUCGGUGGAGGGCUACCUGAGGAAGGUGGAAAUGUCAAUUCAGGAAAUCAGUCUAGUACUUUCCAAUGCCAUGGAUGUCAGAUCCAGCCUUUCUGAGUCAGAGAAGAUUUUGCGUAAAUAUUUGGAAUUAGAUACCCAAGCUAAGGAAGCAUCACAUGAAUUAGAAGCAGCCACGAAAUUUAUGACAGAGAAAAAUGAAUUUGAACCUGAUGAAGUGGCUUCACUUUCUUCUAAAGCUAAAUGGCUGGAGGAAGAAUUAAACAUACUUGGCCAAAGCAUCGGCUCCAGGUCCCAGGUCCUGCAGACCUAUGUGGCAUUUUUAAAGUCAUCAGAGGAGGUGAAGGAGCAAUGUGAGCGUCUGAAGGAGUUUUACCGAAUGGAAAGCCUGAGGAAGGAAGAGGACUCUGCGGAAGCCAGGCACUGGUCUGACUCAGCUGAGAAGCAGUGGCAGCUCUUCUUAAAAAGGAGUUUUUUAGUUCAAGACCUAGGGCUUGAGUUCCUUAAUUUGAUAAAUAUGGCAAAAGAGGGUGAAAUAUUAAAUGUGAAAAACAAAGUGCACAUGACGGAGAACACUAUGGAAAGUCAGAAGGCAGAAAGGGAAGGACUCGGCCGCCUUCGGACGGCAUGGCGACUCAGAGCCGCUGCACGCAAGCCGGUGAAACAGCAGUGGGAAGCGUUCAAAGAGCAACUGAGAAAGACUACUCACAACUUAAAACUUCUUCAGGAAGCACUCAUGCCUGUGUCUGCACUUGACCUUGGCGGGAGCCUCCAGACCAUUCUAGGUCUGAGGAAACACUGGAAGGCAAUGAAGCCUCAGUGCCAGCAACUGAAUGAUGAGGUCGAAUACAUUGUAAAAGAAUCAGAAGAGUUAAAUGGCAAAGGUGCCCCUGUGAAAGAAAAGUACCAACAGCUGAAGGACCUCAUUCAACUCCAUCAAAAACAGAAAGAGAGGAUCCAGGACUAUGAGGACAUCCUGUAUAAGACAGUCCAGUUUCACCAAGUCAAGGAAGAGCUUGAACAUCUCAAAUCAAGAGAAUUGGAGUUUCUAGAGCAGCCAAAGGAACUGGAUAACGCGCACAAUGUCCAGGUUCGCCUCCGUCGCUCUCAGGAAAAGCAGGCACAUAUAGACCAUCUCCACAAACUGGCCCUUUGCCUGGGAGUGGACAUCAUCUCCUCAGUGCAGCAGCCGAGCUGCGCUAAUGUGUCUGCAAAGAACCUGCAGCGGCAGCUGGACAUCCUUGAGGGGGAGAGUGUGGACUGGCGAGCCAGAGCCGAGGAGCAUGGGCGGGCCCUGGCCGGCAGCUUGCAGUACUGCGCCACGAGGGAUGAGAUAAACGAGCUCAGAGAGUCAUUCAAGGAUAUAAAAAAGAAAUUUAACAAUUUGAAGUUCAAUUACACUAAGAAAAAUGAAAAAGCUAAGAAUCUGAAGGCUCUGAAAUAUCAAAUUCAACAGGUUGAUAUGUAUGCUGAGAAAAUACAGGUUUUGAAAAAGAAAAUGGAAAAAGUUGAGAACAAGACUUCUGAAUCUUUCUUAAAUUACCCAAAUAGUAAAGUUACAGUUCUUUUGGAAGCCAUGAAGGAUUUGAAAAAACAUGUGGAUGAGUUUGAUAAAGUUGUAACAGAUUACAAGAAGAAUUUGGACCUGACCGAGCACCUCCACGAGAUGAUAGAAGAGUGUCAUUUUUGGUGUGAGGAUGCAAGUGCCACAGUUGUAAGAGUUGGAAAAUAUUCCAUGGAAUGCCAGACCAGAGAGGCUGUGGAAAUCCUCCACCAGCAGUUCAAUAAGUUUAUCACACCUUCAGUGCCUCAGCAAGAAGAAAGGAUCCAGGAGAUCAGUGACCUCGCUCAGCGAUUAUAUGGUUUUGAAGAAGGGCAGAAAUAUACUGAAAAAAUUGUGGCAAAACACAAAGAGGUUCUUGAAUCUAUUACUGAAUUAUGUGGCUCUCUCACUGAGCUUGAAGAAAAGCUGAAGCAGGGAGGUGCUGUAAAGAUGAAUCUGAAUUCGGAAGACUUCCACGAUGAUUGCAUUGACCUCUUGAAAGAACCAGUGAGAAAUAAGCAGACAAUUUUCAAAGAAGAAAUGAAUAAGGGGCAGGUGCAGGGGGCAGGAAUUCUGCCCGUCGAUGGAGCAGGUGAGGCUCGGCUACCUCAGGACCUGCCGCGGCUCUCCUCUGGCCAAGAGAGCGGCGCCCAAGGCCUGCCCCUGCCUGCGGACACGCCUUCUGCGGAAGAACACGAGUGUGUCUCACCCGACGACAUCUCCUUGCCUCCACUGCCAGGGAGCCCCGACUCCCCCCUCGCACUGUCCGACAUGGAGGUAGAAGAACACGCCAGCCCCUCUCUCAGCCUUCACGUGAGCAGCGACAGGAUGCAGAUGGGGGCCAGGGGGCCAGGGGAGGCCCAGGACUGUGGCCUUCCUCCACCUGCUGCUUUUGCUGAUACUUGCAAUGAUGGGAGAGACACAUUUUCAAGUCAUUUUGAGAAGCCUUUCCCCCAGUUCAAAGCUGAGCCCCCAUUCACCUGCAGAAGGUUUCUGGAACAGAGCACAGCCAUCUGCAAAACCCAUGCUGACCAUCCUGGGAGCAUGCCGAGUGGAAUGCAUGAGGGAGCUUGCCAGCAGCACCCGCGGGCUCGGGAGAGUGUGCUAGAAACACGGGAGGAGAUGCAUGCUGCUAAUAACGGCACUAAAAACCGAGACAGGCUGCAUGCUUCGCAGGACGCGCCCUCGGGCCUCGGCUUUCAAUUAGGCCCCAGCCAGGUCCAUCAGAGGCAAGUGGUUUCCCAGGAAGAGAUGAAAAGUACGUCAGCCAAGAACAGCGUGGUCAGCCUAGCUGGCCAGGCACCCAGUUUCUCCAGGCUCCAGUCUAAUGUCACUGUCGUGGAAGGUUCUCCAGUGACUUUGGAAGUUGAAGUAACAGGAUUUCCAGAGCCUACACUGACAUGGUACAAGAAGGGCCAGAAAUUGCCUGCUGAUGGACACUUACAGGUUAUGCACAAGGAGACGAGACACGCGGUGUUCAUUCCGAAGGUAUGCCGGGCAGACGCAGGCCUCUAUGUGGCACGGGCCCAAAACGCUAGUGGCAUUCUCUCUUCCAAUGUCAUCCUCCACGUGACAGGUAACCGCAGGCCGCCCAUCACAAGGAUAAACUGGAUAAUGCUGUGCGUCAUCUAUGUGAGUGUGUCGUUCGUGUACUGGCUGCUCAGACAGUAACUGUGGCGUUGGCACCCAUGGACGUCAUUCUCACAAGCCUAAAGAACAAUACUGUUGUUUAUUUUCCUGCGUUUCCCACAAAGCAUCUCCCAUCAACUGGAUCUCCUUUCCGGCCAUACUGCUUGUUUGGCUAAUACCACAGUUCAAUGAAAUAAAAUAAUCCAGUUUUCUUUAGUACUUUAAUCUAUUUGAGGAGCUUAGAAAAUUAUUUGCCUUGGAUAAGGGUACAUUUUUUUUUUUUUUGUAUUCUAGAGAGAGUUGGGUUUGAUAUAAAAUAGCGAAAUUAUGCUGUGUUUGUUCCUUCCUAAUUUAGGAGCAUGCAGAUCAAGGCUCAUAGCAUAGAGAAGUGAGUCAAAUUUUAAAUCCAGUUGUUUGAAAAUUUAUUUUUAAUUGUACUCCUAUUCAUCUCUUUGUGAAAUAACAGUGGAAAUAGUGAACUGAAGUUGUCAUUUUCAUUAUUGCGUUAUGUGUCCUUUAAUUUUGUUUUUCACGUCUUGAUCUCAUUUAUUGAAAUAUAUCCUAUGUUUCAACAUAGUCCACAUUCCUGGGUCUGAGGAUGCUGCCAUAAAUAACCGCUCCUCAUGUUGCUCUCACAAGCUUGCCUUUGGAGAUUAGAUGUGCAGCUCCAACUUUAAAUGGAGUCUCAAAGUUCCAGAGCUAUGCUUGUCAUAGAAUAAGAUGGAACACAGGCAAUGCGGGGGACCAACAUUAUUCCUGCCAUCCCAUUGACAGGUGUGAGGCAGCCAUGUUCUACCUGCUUCCAGUUUUGAUUCUGCUGCUGACCAUGUUUGCAGCCUAUGGUAAGGCCUAUCAGUGCCUCAGUUUUCCAUUUGGAAAAUGGGGUCAUCAUCUACCUCUUGGACAAUUGAGAGUUUUCAUUUCAUAUCUUAUAAAAAUCUAUGAAAUUUUAAAAAGCAUGCUAUGAAGACUAAGGGUAAUUAUAUUGUUUAAUGUAAUUUGGUAUCACACUGCCUCCUGUCUACUAUUUCUCUUCCAGAUGUUGCUUCCUCAGAAUAUUAAAUUAAAGGAGUGGUGUUAGUAUGUGGUCUCCAACUGUUCACAUAUGAGAAAAUGAUGUUCUAUGAAUUGGAGCUUUAAUUCCUUUCUGAUUUCUUAAGACUAUAUCCUUUGCAGAAACUUGAAAUUAAAUUCAGGAGGAUGCAUUUAGUAUGAUCUGGGGGCAGGAGGGACGGUGUGUAGUAAAUGACAUAAGAUGAAUUCUAUUCUUUCUUAUAAUUAUCACUGUGAUAUUGAAGAAUGUUCUAUGGCUUUCUGAAAUAUAAUAUAUUACUUAGAAAAGAGGAUCGUCAUUUUAGCUCCUUUAAAAAUAGACGUAAAUAAAAGCUGCAUUUAUUUUUUAGAUUUUAAAAAUAGUCUUGUCAUGCUAGGGUUAAAUCUUGAGUUGAAAGAAUAAUUCAUUAUAGUUUUUUUGAAGAAGGGAAGGAAUUAAUCAUGUUGCUAUAACACUGUCUACAAAUAAUAAAAUAUUUAAAUGUAAUAUAUUCAAGUUGGUAUUUAAAAGUUACUGAAUGUUAACUGAAGAUGCGAAGUGUGUGGUUGAGUAAAAAGUUGCAUCUGUUUUCUUGUGCUCCAUAUUUAGUUCAAUUAAAAUAUUAAAUCU